AUCAAAUGUUCUUGUAUUCAAUGACAGAAAUGGGGGAGCGGAACAAAUGUUUUAGCCGAACUUUUGUGGUUUUUGCCUGCUUAUUAUGCCUAAAUUAGGGCGCUGUUGUUGAACGGACAGCCAAAACAACGUUCACUGCUAGAUCGAAAAUGAUAUCGAAAAAAUCGGGUCCUCCAAGACCACCUUUACCAACGCGAAUGAAGAAGGUCGAAGCGACGGGACAACAACAGGAUGAAACUCCAAAAAGUUUGGGCCUUUUUUCAAUCCGGUAUUGCCGCGACGAUGCGAAUGAAUCCGACGAGGAGAUUUCUAUAGUUCGCAAGGAGAAUUCGCCAGAUGUUCAGUCUGAGGCGAGCGGAGAGGACAAAAGUGAAGACUCUCAAAACGCGGAAAAGGAUGAUGCGACUUCGCCCAGCGCUGGGACAAGCUCGAUUUUGUCCGCGCUUAAUAAUAGCCUCACGUUUCUUCCUAAAUCCCCAAGUUUAAACAACGGCAGCGAAGCGUUAAGUUCUGAAGAGCAGACACAACAAGAUCCGAGUGAAAACACCAUGGGGGAGAUUGUUUUUAAGACGUCACAUUUUGAACAAGAAUCAGAAACAAGUCCGGAAGUUUACGAGUCGAAUGGAGGUCGUCUUUCGACCAGUCCACCUGUACCGAGACGCAAAGACAACUUGGUUGUACACUCUGCGAUGACUCUCAGUUCGCUUUUGAAAAAAGAGGUCGAGCAUAGGACGCCAUUUGGCAAAGCAAAUGGCCAAGAAGGAAGUUAUGCCAAAACAAAAGGCUUCCUGGCCUCUGCUUUGGUUGACAGCUCACGGUUACUAAUGCCAAUUGGCUUGGGGGAUUUUAAUUCCGAGGUCGGCACACCAGUUAAGCAGGAAGAGCCGGUAUUAACAUACACCGAAAUACCGUUGUACAACAUGCUUAUUGUGUCGGUGGUUGUAUUUUUGUAUUUCAUGUUGCCAUCCUCAUCGUUCAUGAACGGUUUCAUGUUCGGAGGGAUUUUGACUUUCUUUUUGGUGUUUGCGUUAAUGUGGUUGCUCACGCCAGAGAUGAGCGAUGAAGAGAGAUACAAGAGGGACGUCCUGGAACACGAACGCGAGAUGAAAACAUUGCAAAAGACAAUGCCAAGUGAAUUUCUUCAACCAUGGCAACUAAAUCAGCAACACGAUUUAGAGGUAAGAGUACAAACACAGAAUAGAUACCACACAGAAGUCUGACUUCUUUUCGCCAUCUAUGAUUUUGAAGUUGCAAUAUCGUCAUGUUCCUAGCCACUUAGGAGAGGCAUUCACACCCCCCCCCCCGAACAUUUUCAAAAUGGUCGACGUUUAAGGAGUGAAUGCCUCAGGGGAGUGAAUGCCUCAGGGGUGUGAAUGCAACACUAGGAACAUGGUAAAUGGAUUUUGAUAAUGAAUCGUGACAUGGCAGCUACACAUUUUUGGCCGAGUCGGACUUCUGUUUGAUUUCUAUUCUUUGAUACAUUAUAUUUGAUUUAUGUUUGGUUUUAAAGUUAUUUGCUGGGCUCUGCUCUUUAUCUUUAAACUUCUUUGAUACAACUGCAGUUUAGUGGACUCGAGUGUGUUGUACAAUUUGCUUGUAAAGUACGCAUUUUGGCAAGAAAUAAUCCUAACCCAACCCUUAUUAUUUCAAUUUUUCAACAUCAUCACUUUGCAGUUGCAUUUUCACAACAAAACUUGCACUAUGUGAGCCCACAGUCUGUAUCAUUACUGUCAGUGACACACAGUGUCAUAUUUUUUAUGUCUGCUAGGGAUGGUUCUUCAAAACAUCACACUACAAUGCACUGGAACCUGUCGACUUCAAUGACAUGGACCAAAUACGACCAGUCUAUGUCAGUCUUUCCGCACACACAAUGACAUUUUAUACACCAAGACAAGAUGAUUUACCUAAAAUCAAACGAAGCAGUAUGCUGGCGAAAAAUGACAGUAUAAAAUUCAGUGAAUCGAAAGAAUAUGACCUCCGUUAUGGCGGUGAGAUCGAACUAGUGCCUGAAACAUUGACUUUGAAAAGACUUUGGGCUAAGAAAUAUCCUAUAUGUUUGAAACUUUUCGAGAAACCAACUGCAGAGAGGACUGUUGGGGAUUCAGAAGGAUCUGGGGAUACAUUUGUUGUUCCUUCAGUCACAGAGGAAAUGUACCUGUUUAGCCCUACAGGUCGCGGUAAAGAGGAAUGGUACGUAGUCUCUGAUCUAAUAUAAAACUGGAUUAAGACUGGUGGCUGCCUGGUGACUGCCCUUAAAACUUGCUUUCCACAAAUUAAUUUGCCUAAAUUUCAGUCCGUAAGGCAUGGUCAAAUGAGAACCAAGAGUUGCAUGAGAGUUGAUGAGAGUUGAGAAGCGAGAGUUGAAUGUUUUCUCAACUCUCAUCCCCCGUCAAACAAGAACAAGAGUUGCAUGAUAGUUGAGAAGUGGGAGUUUGCAUGAGAGUUUUCUCAACUUUCAUGCCCUGGUCAAAUGAGAACAAAAGUUGCAUGAGAGUCGAGAAACGAAAGUUUUCUCAACUCUCAUGUCCCUGUCAAACAAGAACAAUAGUUGCAUGAGAGUUGAGAAGUGAGAGUUUGCAUGAGAGUUUUCUCAACUUUCAUGUCCCGGUCAAAUGAGAACAAAAGUUGCAUGAGAGUUGAGAAACGAGAGUUUGCAUGAGAGUUUUCUCAGCAUGAGAGUUUUCUCAACUCUCAUGUCCCAGUCAAAUGAGAACAAAAGUUGCAUGAGAGUUGAGAAAAUGAGAGUUUGCAUGAGAGUUUUUUCAACUCUCAUGUCCCAGUCAAACAAGAACAAUAGUUGCAUGAGAGUUGAUGAGAGUUGAGAAGCAAGAGUUUGUUGUGAGAGUUUUUUCAACUCUUAUGCCCUGGUCAAACAAGAAUAAGAGUUGCAUGAGAGUUGACUGGAUGUUACUGUGCGUGUGAUUGGAAAGUCUCAUCAACUCUAAUCAAAAUUAAAAUUUGAACCAAUUCAAAGUUGAUGAGAGUUGACGAAUGUUGGCGUUCAAACGCGAGUGAGAGUAGUAACUCUCAUCCAACUCUUAUCCUCAUUCGACACGCAGGACUCUGUACCUGUGCUCUUUACGAGUGUUCACUGUGAAUUUUUCUUAGGUAUUACCGCAUUGAAAAAGUACUGAAGCCUCGGACGCAUGUGAACGACAUUGAGAGUAUCUUUAAUACUCAAGCCAGCUUCCCUCACUACAUGGGACAGCUGAUAGGCAAUGACAAGGAGCCCACAUCACAGGCGCAGCUGACGUGGGUGAAUGCGUUGCUAGGGCGACUGUUCUGGGAUGUGUGGAAGAGCAAAUAUUGGAAUGACAAGGUCAAGAACCGGAUACAGAAUAAAAUAUCCCGGAUGAAACUACCACCUUUCAUUCGUUAUCUCAAGGUACGCUAAAAAAAUUCGCCAAAUGAAUGCAAAUCAAGGUGGAUGCAACAAAUCCACAAACGAGUUUUCACUCAUGUUACGUGUUUUUGAAAUAGUGUUUCUACAUUUACGUUUUACAAGACUGCUUAAUUGUAUUUCCAGGUGACAGAAAUGAAAUUAGGCCAUGCCCUACCCACAAUCCAACGUGCUCACAACCUACAUCAAGACAACCGAGGGAUCUGGGUGGACUUGGAGGUGGAUUACGAAGGCGGAAUCAUGUUGACGAUUGAAACUAUGGUCAACUUGGAGUAUUACUUGAAACAGCUGACGGACCAAGGAAAAAGCGAUGGCGACGAGGUCAUACUUAAAUUUAGCCGUGAGGAUAGCACCUAUAGUGACGCCAGCAGCGCUGAAAGUGACGUAGAAGAAGGAUGGGACGAUGCUCCGAUGACGUUCGCCGACGGUCGUAGCCCGAGCGUCUCGAGUGACGAGUCAGCAAGUGGCGGAGAGAACCCGAACUCGGAUGCUGAAACUGACGGUGAACGAAGGUGGGCGACCUUUAUACCAGUUAUCAUGUUUGAAAUGAAACAAGACAGCAACCACUGACAAAAUGUACACGUAGUCACGUACUACACGGGUAAAAAUUGAUCAUGUUGUUCGGCGUUGUUCAAAACAGGAGCGAACAAUGUUGUGCUGCACUCCGUGAACAAUAUUGUUAACAAGUUGUUGAACCAUCAGUAUUGUUGCAACUUGUUGACAUGAUUGUCAACAAUUUGCAACAAUACUGAUGGUUCAACAACUUGUUGACAAUAUUGUUCACAGGGUGCAGCACAACAUUGUUCACUCCUGUUUUGAACAACUUGCAUCAACAUGAUGAUUUUUACGCGUGUAGUAGGCCUACGAAUAUUUUAACGUACUUGUAAAAUGAAUUUGUUUACACAACACCAACAGGCAACACAGCAAUCAUGAUUAUUAGAUUACAUUGAUAUCGAUGGAACUAGACUCUGAAAUAUCACAUACUCGAACCGACCUGACCGCGCAGAGCAUUGGGCUAGUAUUCCAAAGGUCGUAGGUUCGAUUCCCACCGUGACCAAGCAUAUUUUUCAAGCUUGCCCGGUGUGGAUACGCACUCAGAGUAGCAUCACAAACAUCAUGAAUUUGUUUGUUAACUUUAUUAAUAUUCACUGCCCAUGGGGACAUUCUCACACUUCAUUAGCAUGCAUUUAAAAUCUGAAUUAGUAUUGAUAACUUUCAUAAACAUCCCUGCUUCUGAAUUAAUAUUCAUAACUUUCAUAAACAUCCCUUUAGAGGGGAUGUUUACAUCACUUUCUGAUCUUUAAUGCGGUUUACAAGUGUGCACAUGUGACCUAAAUACCGCGUCGUGAUUUGUUUGUGGCCUUAUUAACUAUUCAUGAAUUUUACAAGCAAAAAUAAAACAAUUUCUUAUCAAGACGCAAACAUAACAAUGCAAUAACAAGCCAAUAAGUUCAUAAGAAAGUUGUUAGUCCUUAGCAAUCAAAUGUGCAAUAUCUCAAUGUGAUUGUUUUCCAGAUGAGUGUGUAAUCAUGAGACUUUGGUUAGCUGUUCUUAAUGCUUUCCCCACAUUAUCAUGGAUUCUAUUAAAGUUAAAACACAGUUGCAACACUCAUCAAACAUUUAUUUUGUUGAACUAGAGCUUAAAAUGUCCCCUGUAACAAUGCGUGACUGCAAACUCACGUCAUCGUUUGACCGAGGCUUCAAACUCAGCUGCAUUUGUUUAGGUCAAUGACAUCAAGUACCUCUCCAUCAUCAGAACAGGAGAACCAGGGCUGGGCAGGCAAGGUGAAGAAUCCAAAAGGCAAGAAGAUUUUGAACAUGCUUGAGAAAGUGGCGAAGUCGAAAUGGGUGCAGAAAGCAGCGGAAACUAAGGUUGUCCAAAGAGCGGUCGAGAAAUUCUCAAAUCUCCCCAUAGAGUUGGGUGUUGAGGUCGUCAGACUGCGUGGCACCUUAGCAGCGAAUAUACCACCUCCCCCUUCCAACAGAUUAUGGUAAGAUGCCCAUGUUAUCCCUAUUUGAUGUUGUGGAUCAUCUCUCUUAGUGAAAACUAAAAUAACUUUACAUUGGAUAGCUCUAUUAGUUCUAAAUUGUUCUCCUUAGAGGUCCAGUCAAGAUCAUCUCUUACUGAUCCAGUGUCACUACAGGAGGAAACCUAAACUAACUUUAUUUAUACUGGAUAGCUCUAUCAGUUCUAAACUGUUCUCCCUAGAGGUCCAGUCAGGUUCAUCUCUUAUUGAUCCAGUGUUAUUACAGGAGGAAACCUAAACGAACUUUAUUUAUACAGGACAGGUCUAUCAGUUCUAAACUGUUCUCUCUAAAGGUCCAGUAAGGAUCAUCUCUUAUUGAUCCGGUGUUACUACAGGAGGAAAGCUAAACUAGAUUUAUUUAUACUGGAUAGCUCUAUCAGUUCUAAACCGAUCUCCUUAGAGGUCCAAUAAAGGCCAUUCCGUAUUGGUUCAAUGCUACUUGUUUUUUGUUUAUAGGUUUGGUUUCCAUAGCAAUCCGUUAUUAAGUCUGAUAGCAAGGCCGAAACUUGGAGAACGUAAUGUCCGGCUUACUCACGUGACUGAGUGGAUUGAAUACAAACUAAAACAAGAAUUCAAGGUAACAUUGAUUUGCACCUCAAAUUUAAAAUAUCCAAUACCCCCUCCCCAACACACACACACGCGUAUCUGCCAUUGUACAAGCGAUUAAACUAAUUACUUGUCGGGUUUUGUUAUAUUUCCAGUCAAUGUUUGUUCUACCCAAUAUGGAAGACCUGACGAUACGAAUCAUGGACAGCGGUCUUGAAGAAAAGUUUCCUGCUUCGUAAUGUAAACUUAGAACGAAACCGACACGUUUAGCUAAACCACAGUAGCCUGGGAACAGGCUCUUUGAAUUGAAUUAGAGCCUGUUCGCAGGCUAAAUAUAACAUGUGAACUCGAAAAGACCCGAGUCUAGACGAAGGGCCUUCGCUCGAAACGUCGAAAUUCUCCUUAUAUUUUAAGGUAGUUGCAUCCCUACCACCGAAAGCUUUAACAGAACUUCGACGUUUCUAGGUAAGGCCCUUCGUCAGGACGUUGAGCCAGAUUUCAACUUCAACCGUACCGAAACGUACUGGUGAGCAUGCGUAGAUUGAAAAGAGGUUGAUAAAUCCACGUACUUCCGGGUGUAUUCGCGUAUCAAAGUGAAACGUUUGUCGCAAUUCAACUUUUUGGCGUACUAUUAAGUAUUAACCAAUCAACAUUCAAAAUUUUGAAAUUUAAAAAUCGGUGCAGUACGCUUCAAGUGGAAAACUGGUAUUAUUUAGUAGCUUCCCACGACGAAGUGCCUUGAAACAUCGAAAGUUUUGCUUAUCUUUUCAAGCAGUUGGAUCUCCCUCGCAGCUGUCUAAAUAGCAAACUUACUCUUCAGUAGCUCAUCCAAGACUUAGGGUUAAUCCAGCUUAGAACAACGUCCUUUUGAGUUCAGUGGUAUACGCAGAGAAAUUAAUUGUAAAUCUAAUAAAUAAAACUCAUGCUAAAUAUGGGAAUUUUGAGUUGAAAUUAUAGUUCGCAAAAUUGUACAGAGUAAAAAUUGAGAAUAUGAUUCUAACUUUUUUCAAAUGCUCUUAAAUGGUAUAUUAGGACGGUAUUGCAUAAGAGAUAGCUUCAUUUUAUUUUAUUUUAUGAAUAACGAGAGAUUAUAUUAAAUAAAGAUUAAAGUAUAGAUACUAAAAAUUAUAGAUUAAUAAAUGAUGGUAUAAGUUUAAAU